CUAAUAAAUUUAAGAAUCAUGAGAAGAGGGUUUUAAUUAGUGACAUCCGGACUGUUUCGAAAUACAGUAACAGGUUAUUCAAGCCAGAUGAAACCAGCAGAAAGUUGGAGAAGCUGCAGAUGGGAGGAGCAACUCAUAUGUAAUUGGAUGAACUCAUAGUUCUGAAUAUAUAUAUGAACACCCGAUAGGAAAAUGCAGUCCAUUAUCGCACAUCAAUAUACUGAAUUUUGUGCUAUCGUAAAUUUGAGAUUUUGCAUCUACGAAGCCGUCCAGAAUGUCUGUCAGCGAUAUCUCUUUAGAAGACGCUAUCAGCUCAGGGAGUGAAUACCAAAUAGACACAGACCAAACUAGUACGACAGACUCUGCCAAAGGCAACCAGAAAUCCGGUCACCAAUCACGUCCGCGAGCGACAAGAAUGAAAAUCAGACAACAGCGAGCAGCGGUGCCGUUCACGUCUACUCCUACGGCAACGGCCUGUGCAAAUGCAGCAGCUUCAUUCCUGUUAUCAGACUGCGAAACUGAAGACGAUCAUCAGUUUAACCUUGACAAGAGAUGCUUUUCAGAGAAGCAACACACGGAAGAUAUUCUACAGAUAAUGGAACGGAGGAUGAAGCUGAUGGAGGACAAAAUGUGGAUUGCUAUUGGUGCCCUGAGACGAGAUGUCGCAAUGAGAGAUCGACAGAUAUGCAAAAAACAACUGGAGAGACUGCAGAGAGGAAGGGAUAGUCAAGAACCAGUGACUGGAAACAAACAGAAAGCAACUAACCAUGCAAAGGCAACUGUGAGGCAGGCACUUCAGAAUGCAGAGACUGCUGGAGGGAUGGCUCUAAAUCCACAAUACAAGUUGGAAGCAGAGCAGAACAAGGAAGUUGUGGACUAUGCUUGGAACUUUUCUAAGACAGCACUCCCUGCUAUUCCGCGCCCUGAAUUUCAAGUUGCUAUGAAAAGAUGUCUACAGACAAAGAAGGAAAGGGCCUCAAGACAGAAAUGUGGCAGCCGAACAAAGCGGAAUGAUGACAUGAGAAAAUACUCCAGAAAAUCUACAAAGAGUCGUAACAGAGUGAAGGGUAUUCGAAAAGCUGACCUCCCCAGCCACAAAAAGACCAAGUAUGAAGAGGCUUUGAAGAAUGUUCAACUCAUGUCAUCGGAAGAAAGUGAUAUUGACGACGGUGGCUUCAGAUAUUUUAUUGUGCGACCGAAGGUCGAGUCACGAGAACUGAUGUCAGCAAAGAGGCUUUGCUGA